UAAAAAUUAAAAGAACUGGACUAAAACAAACAAAUAUUUCCGAAAUUAAAAGUGGCAAUAACGGUAUCUUACGAAUUAUUUGAACUGCCCUGUUAAGAAUUUGGAUGACCAACAAUUUUUAACAACUUUUCUACUCAGUUCUGCGAAUUUGUUUAUUAAGACAAAAAAAAAACAACGCAAAUUAUGCAUUUGAUGUUUUUGUUUAUAUAAAUAAAAUAAAAUGGCAUCGACAAGUAAAAAUAUGAAAAUGGGAUCAUUUGCCACCGGAGGUAAACUAAGUGGAAAGAUAGGACCACAAGCUAAUAAUACGCCACCUUCGCCGGACACUGAAAAUAGUAGUGGGCUUGUGAUUCCAAUAAUAAAAACAAAAGAUUGUGCUAAACAGUUGCCUACAUACACGGCUGCAUUAAAUCGCUCAUCUGAAGAGUCUCUAGCGGCUGAAGAUCUGGAUAAUAUACAGUUGGAACUAGAAACAUUGUUGUCGAGUGUGGCCUUGAGGUACAGAGUAUUGAAAUCCGAAUACGAGAGUUUGGAUAAGGAUGAAAAGAACAAAGAUAGAAAAAGUAAAAAUGCUCUACAAAUUGGCGGUCAGGUAGGUGAGAAACAACCAGCAUCCCCGGCAGCUUCCGUAGUUAAUAGCGGGAAACGUAAACGAGAUGAAACGUCAUUGGUACGCAAACCGAAACACGCAACACUGAAACAAGCAAAAAAUCUAAAUGCUAAAAAUAGUCCACUUGCUCCUCUGACCGACGAUAGCAUGGACUAUACUCCGGGUGUUCAUGGCGGCGCCAAUAGGGAUUUACAGAAACCUUUGCCUGCAAAAAUUGAUACACCCAACAAAUUUUGGCUAUCUGUGGAGCCCUACUGUAUGUCCUUGACAAAUGAAGAUUUGCGAUUAUUGAAUGAUCUCCUUGAUCAAUAUAAUGGACCUCUGGUACCACCAAUUCCAGAGCUUGGUCCUCACUAUUCUACGGUAUGGGCGACUGAAGAUUUAAAGGAAAUACAACAAGGCUCUAAUACGACUACAAAUAAUCGCUUGAAGCCUCAAAACAAUGGAGCCGCUACAAAUAUUCUCAAAAAGGCCGAAUCUAUUGCCGGUGAAUGUGUUACGGGGCCUCUUACGCAACGCUUAGUCUCGGCAUUAAUGGAGGAGCAGCUAUUGUCCAAUACUGCCGACAUUGUGGCUGAUAAUAGCAAUAGCAGUAGUGAAAAUACCCACUCUUCGGCUCCUCUUAAUUUUCGAUCCUUUUCGAUGUUGCGCAAUUGUAUUGGCAUAGAAAAACGAGUUAAGAAAGAAUUAAUUGAGCAGGGUAUUCUGGAUAUAUCGGAUUUUCCCAACAACGACGAGGAUGAAAUUCAUAACGAAAUUAAACGUCUAGUAGCGGAACUUUCUACCAUUGCAGAAUACAAUAGUGGUGCAUUGCGGCGUCUGCAUGAUGCUGCUUCAGAAGAAAUAAAGCGAUUGGAUAUUAAACGUAAACUAGAUCUGAUUGAUCAAGAAAUAUUGGAGACCUACAAGCGCACUCUGCAAAAUAAAGCAAAACGUAAGCCCUUAUCACCUGAGGAGCAACAGGAAAUUUAUCGUUUAACAGCUGAGCAGAAAAAUCUCUCCAAUCAACUGGAACGUAUGCAGUCAAGUAUAUUUCUUAACGAAUAGUAUUAAAUCUCUUUUCUAAAUAGCAUCUUGGGCAAGGAAUUCUUCCUCAUUUUUAGCAAUUGUGAGACAAAUUUAUAUAUCAAAUAAUUAUACAAUUAAUUUCAAUUCAUAAAAUUGCUUUGCGAAUAAAAUGAUGUAUUUAUAAAACACUA